AUUUGUAAAAUCACCAACACUAAACCUUUGCUCCCUAAUACCAACAAUUUUACUUAGCAACCUAGUUUUAAAACCAACCCAGUUUUAAAACAACGUAUUGUAAGGUACAUUCUUUCGGACUUCUGAUCAGGGAAAGUUAAAGUUUUAGCAAGUCGCUAACUGAUGUUAGUUCUAGUGAUAGGUUGUAAGUUUGUCAUUAGCUACCGCUGAAAACUAGCUAGUAGCACUAGUCACUAGCAAUCACUGCAUGCUAACUAGCAGACGCGAUCUACAAUUGUUGACAUUUACCUGUUGUGUAUGGGUAGGACUUAACAAAAUUAAUGCAGUUGGAUUGGACACUUUGAACAAGCAUUUAGUUAGGCAUGGAAUUCGUUACGUUAUGACAGGAAUAGCUAGCUAUGCGGAUACACCAGCUGGCCAGGGCUUUAUUUACAUCCAGAAGGUCGAUACAUCUCGAGUUGUUCCGGAGGCUUAACUUUGCCGGGCCGAAUUGUUCAGAUUCAGCGGGACCUGGAGACAUGAUCCGGAGGACCCAGGUCAAACGUGUUCUCUGUGUGGCCGAGAAGAAUGACGCGGCCAAGGGAAUCGCAGACAUUAUGUCGAACGGCAGAAUGAGGAGGAUGGAGGGCCUGUCCGUCUAUAAUAAACUGUAUGAGUAUGAAUACAAUCUGUUUGGACAGAACGUUACAGUGUGUAUGACAUCGGUAUCAGGUCAUCUUCUUGGUAUGGAGUUCAAAGCGCCAUUCCAGAAAUGGCACAGCUGUAAUCCUGUGCAGCUGUUUGAUGCUGAGGUGGAGAAGUACUGUCCUGAGAACUCUGUUCAGAUCAAGCGUACCUUAGAGGCUGAAGUGAGAAAGUGUCAGGCGUUGGUCAUCUGGACAGACUGUGACAGAGAAGGAGAGAACAUCGGCUUUGAGGUCAUCGACGUCUGCAGAGCAGUGAAGCCGGUGUUGCAGGUGUUCCGUGCACGGUUCUCCGAGAUCACUCCCAAUUCCAUCCGACGGGCGUGUGACACAUUAACAGAACCGGACAUCAACGUCAGCGACGCCGUGGACGUACGCCAAGAACUGGACCUCAGGAUAGGUGCGUCCUUCACCAGGUUCCAGACACUCCGCCUACAGAAGAUCUUCCCAGCAUCGUUGGCCAAUCAGCUGAUCUCUUACGGCAGCUGUCAGUUCCCUACUCUGGGCUUUGUGGUCGAACGCUUCAAGUCUAUCCAGGCCUUCAUACCAGAAACCUUCUACAAGAUCAAAGUUCUCCAUGAGGUAGAUGAGGAGUGUGUAGAGUUCAGCUGGAAGAGGAACCGACUGUUCAACCACACCGCCUGUCUGGUACUCUACCAGAUCUGUAUGGAGGAUCCCAUAGCAACUGUAAUCUCAGUAUCCAGUAAACCCAAAAGCAAGUGGAGACCACUUCCCCUGGACACUGUGGAAAUGGAGAAGCUGGCUUCCAGGAAGUUGAAGAUCAGUGCCAAAGAGACCAUGAAGAUUGCUGAGAAACUUUAUACGCAGGGGCUGAUCAGCUACCCUCGUACUGAGACCAACCAGUUUCCUAAGGACCUGGCUCUGGGUCCUCUGGUGGAGCACCAGAUCCCAAGUCCCCAGUGGGGAGGCUUUGCCAGGGGGGUGUUGGAGCUGCCAGGGGGGCCAAACCCUCGACAGGGGACCAAGACUGACCAGGCCCAUCCCCCCAUACACCCCACCAAGUACACAGAUGCACUGCAGGGCAACGAGCAACGCCUUUAUGAGUUCAUCGUGCGCCAUUUCCUGGCAUGUGUAUCCCAGGAUGCCAUGGGGCAGGAGACCGUGGUGGAUCUGGACAUAGCUGACGAGAGGUUCUCCGCUAACGGACUCAUGAUCAUCAAGAGGAACUAUCUGGAUGUCUACCCCUAUGACCGCUGGAGCGCUAAGGUGAUUCCGGUUUAUGAAGUGGGCAGCCAGUUUCAACCGUCCGCAAUCGAGAUGGUCGAUGGUCAGACCUCCCCUCCUCAACUCCUCACCGAGGCAGACCUCAUUUCACUCAUGGAGAAACAUGGCAUUGGAACGGAUGCAACCCACGCGGACCACAUCGAGACCAUAAAGAGUCGCAUGUAUGUGGGGCUGACCGCUGACCAGAGGUUCCUUCCAGGGGAACUGGGCAUGGGCUUAGUAGAGGGUUAUAACUCCAUGGGGUAUGAGAUGUCUAAACCAGCCCUGAGGGCGGAGCUGGAGGCGGACCUGAAGCUGGUGUCGGAGGGGAGGAAGGACAAACAGGGCGUGUUGCUUCACCACAUCAACAAAUACAAGGCCGUCUUCAUAGAAUCUGUCAAGAAGGCCAAGAGGUUGGACGAGGCUCUGUCGGCCUAUCUGGGCGCGGCCCAGGAGUUCACGGAGUCAGAGCAGCAGGAUUUGGAGAUUCCUCUCCCUGUCAGGAAGUGUCCUCAGUGUGGGCGGGACAUGGUGCUGCGAAGAAGAAAGGAGGGGAAUGGGAAGUACCUGACCUGCGUUGGUUACCCAGAAUGCAAGUGUUCUGUCUGGUUUCCUGACACCGUACUAGAGGUCAGCAGAGAUGAGUCUGUCUGUUCCACCUGUCAGCCAAGCCCUGUACACAUGUUAAAGUUCAAGUUCCGCCGGGGCAGCCUUCCCCCCACGAUGCCUCUGGAGUUUUUGGGGUGCAUCGGGGGGUGUGACGAGACACUGAGGGAAGUGCUCAACCUGAAAUACCUUCGAAUGGCAGGAGGAGGGCCGGCGGGGGGAAGAGCGAGACGAGACCCCCCUCCCGCCCAGAGAUCUCGCCCAGCAGCCCCCAGACCAGACCCCCUGCCCUCUCAAACCCCCAACCCUUCCUCCUCCUGGCCUGGCCGCCCGCGGGCUGAUGCCCAGGCCCCUCCCCCCGCACCCAGCGCCGGUGACAUCACAGUGUGUAACUGCGGGUCGGAGGCGCUGCUCCUCACCGUGCGUAAAGACGGACCCAACCAAGGACGCCAGUUCUACAAGUGUUCCUCGGGGGGCUGUAACUUCUUCCUGUGGGCCGACCAGCCCAACACUCCACCUCCAGACCGCCAGGGGGCGCCACCUGCCAGACCACAGCAGCCCCCGAGGAUUUCGGCGGGGUUUGGGAACGUGGGGGUCGGUGGAGGGGCUCCGGGGGACGUGGUGUGCAACUGCAGCGAGCCGGCCGUGCAGCGGACAGUGCAGAAGGAGGGGCCUAAUAAAGGACGGCUGUUCCAUACCUGCGGGAGGCCCAGAGAACAGCAGUGCGGGUUUUUCCUCUGGGCCGAUGAGAACGUACCACCACCAGGUCCCGGAGGAUAUCGUGGAGGGGGGCGGGGGGGUUAUGAUGAAGGGGGGCGGGGGGGUUAUGGAGGAGGGGAGCGGGGGGGUUAUGGUGGGGGAGACGCGGGGAAGAGGGGGAGGAAAACUGGCGGUGGAGGAGCCCCGACCACCACGGCCAAGAAACCCCGUACCUGUGGCAUCUGUCACGCGCCGGGACAUACUCGCGCCACCUGCCCUCAGCGCUGACCUCCAGAGCCUGACCUCUGACCCCAGGGCUUCCACGGAGCCGCCCGGAUCAGAUGUGGCGUCUCUGCCUACUGUGUAGUGCACCAGUAAAGAGGGUGCCAUUUGGAACGGGCCGCCUGAGACAGCAGGUCCAGAAUGGCAUCUGAUAAGAAUAGAAAAUACAUUAUAGGGUCAUGAAUUCAUGGAUCUGAACGUGUGUUUUUAUGUUGUUGGAAAGGGAUAGAGUAUCCUAUAUGGGGGUCAGACCUGGCCGGUUUAUGUUGUUGGAAAGAAUACACUUGUAGAUGUAAAGUAUUACAUCAGUAUUACAGCUGGGAGAUUUUCCUUUAUUGCUUUCUUAAAUCCAGUUGGAUGAAAAAGCCAGGAUCCCUUCUUCUUCUGAUCUUCUCCAAUGGGUUUUGAGGAGAGGGAGGAUGACAUGAGGGCUAAGGGUUUAGGACUCACUGCUUGGAUGUGUAAAGUGGAUUGAAUUACAAUAAUUUUUUUGUAAUGUUUAUAUAUAAAACAGUCAGGUCUGUUGUCUGUGACUUUUCUCUGAACUGAAUGAGGUGCCUCAGGGCUGUAGGUUUUGUUAAUUAUAUUUAAAUAGUCUAUAAAGUUGUACAGUAUUAAAA